GCAUUCUAUCAUUUCAAGCACAUUGUCGUGAGAUAUCACCUCAUCCACAGAUAUGGAGGGUCAUGUCGUUGGCGUGCUCGGCGGUGGCCAGCUCGGACGCAUGUUGGUUGAAGCAGCCAACAGACUCAACAUCAAGGUGGCUGUGCUGGACAGCGAGAACGCCCCAGCAAAGCAGAUCAACCAAAUUGCAUCAGAUUUACACGUUACUGGGUCAUUCGCCAAGGCAUCAGAUGUGAGAGACUUGGCGUCACGAUGCGAUGUGCUCACAUAUGAGAUCGAGCACGUCGAUACAAAGAUUCUGGAAGAACUAGAGGGUGAGAAGGCGCUUGUUGAUGGAACACAGUGGGGUAGAAUUCAGCCUAGCUGGAAGACGAUCCGAACGAUACAAGAUAAAUUCCUUCAGAAGCAGCACUAUGCCAAGUAUUGUUUGUCAACGGCAAAGUCGAUUGCUGUAGGCACGUCUCAUCCACAAGGCCUCAAGGAUAUUGCGGAUGAGCUUGGAUACCCGCUCAUGCUGAAAUCAAGGACAGAGGCCUACGAUGGACGAGGAAAUUACCCGGUCAGGUCAGUAUCAGAUAUUGAGCCAGCUCUCAAGGCACUUGGCGAUCGACCUCUAUAUGCGGAAAAAUGGGCCAACUUUACAAUGGAGCUUGCCGUCAUGGUCAUCAAGACGGCUCAGGACGCGAAUAUCGAUGCGUGGGAGAGUAUGACUAUGGCUUACCCGACGGUAGAAACGGUCCAUGAAGAUAGCAUCUGCAAACUGGUAUAUGCGCCUGCCAGGGGCGUCUCGAAGAAGGUGUCGCAAGCAGCGCAAGAACUCGCACGACGUGCUGUCUCUACAUUCACUGGAACCGGCGUGUUUGGUGUCGAACUAUUCCUCUUGGAAGACGACAGCCUGGUCAUCAACGAAAUCGCACCACGACCCCAUAAUUCAGGUCACUAUACGAUAGAGGCAUGCCACAUGUCUCAAUAUCAGGCUCAAGUCAGAGCAAUCUUGCCCGAAUUAGCAUCCAGGAUACCUCCCGGUUCGACCGACCUCCGUGUGCCUGCCGCUAUCAUGCUCAACAUUCUCGGCGGCCCUCUGCCAGAAUCACAUCUUCUCGUGGUGAACGCUGCUCGCGAUGUAGCUGGAGCAGAGGUACAUCUUUAUGGCAAAGGAGGCGGUCGACCAGGCCGCAAAAUGGGCCACAUUACCAUCACUGGCUCGAGUAUGUCGGAGUGCGAAGCGAAGAUUCACCCGCUUAUUCAGAUGGUCAAUGCGGUCCGCGCACAUCGUUCAGAUUCGUCGCCGGCCUCAGCGACAGCAAUCAUGAAUACGUAUGCAGAAUUGAUGAAGAGCAAUCCCACACCGCCACCGAAACCGGUGGUCGCAGUGUGCAUGGGUUCUGAUACCGAUCUGGCUACUCUGAAGGCUGGUCUUACAAUCCUGAAGACUAUGGACAUCCCAUACGAUGUGCAUAUUACCUCGGCCCAUCGUACGCCCAAGUAUAUGCUUGAAUUUGCUGAGAAGGCUGCGGCGCAAGGUUACAAGGCCAUCAUCGCCGCAGCUGGCGGUGCUGCACAUCUUCCCGGAAUGAUGGCGUCAGAAACAUCAGUGCCCGUGAUUGGUGUACCAGUCAAGGCAAGUAGCCUUGAUGGAAUGGACAGUCUGCUGAGCAUCGUACAGAUGCCACGCGGUGUGCCUGUGGCUACAGUGGGUAUUGGAAACAGCACGAAUGCAGCGAUUUUGGCUGCGCGGAUUGUCGGCACAAGCGAGACUAAGGCGCGACAAUGGGUGGAAGAACAUUUGCAGAAGAUGGAAGACGAAAACAUGGAAAAGGAGCAUCGACUUCAAAGGGAGGGAUGGGAGGUCUACAAAAAGUUGGACUCUUAGAUAUAGCGAAUUGCUUAGACGAUAUGAAAAGAAUACCAGAACAGGUGGUCCGCAACGCAC